AUAGCAUUAAAUAGAUAUUUUGGAAAUCAUUCUUUCUCGGAUAUAUAUUAAAUUUAUCUGAUUCGAGAAGUCAAAGCCGAUCGAUGCAGAGAUUACUAAGAGUACUUAGACCAAUUGUGGUGCAUGGAACGAUAGUAUCACGACGGAAAAUAGUUGUUGCUUCCUUCUCAACCUCUUUGUUAUUCGAUGAAACACAAAUAAGGUUCAAAGAAGGUGUUCAACAAUUUGCCCAAGAGAAGAUAGCUCCUCAUGCAGACAAAAUCGACAAGACGGAUUCUUUCCCGGAGGAUGUUGACUUAUGGAAAUCUAUGGGAGACUUUGAUCUUCAUGGACUUACCGCUCCAGCGGAAUAUGGAGGACUCGACGUAGGUUAUUUGUAUCAUUGUUUGGCCACGGAGGAGAUUAGCCGUGCAUCAGCGUCAGUUGGGUUUUCGUAUGUUUGUCAUUCUAACGUCUGCAUUAAUCAAUUGGUGAGGCAUGGAAAUGUUGCCCAGAAGGAAAGAUAUUUGCCCAAGCUAAUUAGCGGGGAGCAUGUAGGAGCUCUUUCUAUGAGUGAACCAAAUGCUGGCUCAGAUCCUGUUGGGAUGAAAUGUAAAGCUGAACGUGUUGAUGGUGGUUAUGUUUUAAAUGGGAACAAGAUGUGGUGCAGCAAUGGCGGAAUUGCCGACACCCUGGUGGUUUACGCAAAAACAGAUGUCUCUGCUGGGUCAAAAGGGAUAACAGCGUUUAUCGUUGAAAAAGGAACGCCUGGAUUCAUUGCUGCCCAAAAAUUAGAUAAACUUGGAAUGCGUGGAAGUCCUACAUACGAGCUUGUUUUUGAAAAUUGCUUUGUUCCUACAGAGAAUAUACUUGGUGAAAUAGGAAAAGGAGUUUACAUCAUGAUGUCCGGAUUAGAUUUAGAGAGAAUCGUAUUCGCAGCUGGACCUAUCGGGAUCAUGCAAGCAUGUCUUGAUAUUGUUCUUCCAUAUGUCCGCCAACGUGAACAAUUCGGACGCCCCAUUGGGCAGUUUCAACUUAUGGAGGGGAAGAUUGCGGACAUGUAUGUUGCUUUGCAGUCUUCAAGAUCAUAUGUAUAUUCUGUUGCAACGGAUUGUGACAAUGGAAAAAUCAUUACAAAGGAUUGUGCUGGGGCGAUACUUGUUGCUGCUGAAAGAGCCACGCAAGUUGCUUUACAGGCGAUUCAAUGUCUGGGUGGGAAUGGGUAUAUGAAUGAGUACCCUACCGGCCGAUUUCUUCGUGAUGCCAAAUUAUAUGAGAUUGCUGCCGGAACAAGUGAGAUCAGAAGAAUGCUUAUAGGCCGCCAACUCUUUAGAGAACAAUGAUAUUUUCAUAAAUAUCAUCACUGAAUAUUAAAUUCAAACACUUUACAUUUUAAUAAAAACUAUUUGGGUUUUACAAGUAUUGUAAUUUCAUAAUUUGGUUGAUAUAAACAUGGCCGAAUUCCAUUGUAAUUUUUACGAUUUAAUAAAUCACCGAAAGAAUAUGUUUCUAGA